CCACCAUCCCUCCCAAUAGUCUCUAACCAACGAACCAUAACAAACUUCCAUUUUCGAAUUUCGAAUUCUCGACGAAAGCAUGAAGGAGAUCGCGUCGAGGAGUUCAAAGCGUAAGGCUGAGGCGUCUCCGUUCGCCGGGAAGAAGCUUCGCUCGACGACGACGCGUCUAAGCCGGAAGAGAGCUCAGAUCUCUCCGUCACCUCUCCAGCCCAAGCAAACAGGAGCACCCCCCGCUGCUUCCGUAGAUUCCUGCUCCAAUUUGUUUUCUGCAGUCGACGACACUGUUUCGUGCGGUUCUAGCGUAGUAGUCGUCGAGAACAGCUCGAAGCUGAAGAAGACUCGAAUCGAAGAGGUGGAAGUUUCUGAUCGCGUGAAGGAGACGACGAUUGCUGAUCCGAAGUUUCGGAGGAUUACUAGGUCAUACUCUAAGCUAAACAAGGAGAAGGAGACCGAGACAGAGGUGAUCGAAGUAAGCGAAUCGUCAGUUACACGUUCGGACGUGACCUUCGCCGAUCACGUCUCCUAUAGCCGGAGUUUGAAUAUCGUUUCGGAGAAUAAGGAGAGCGACGUCGUUUCCGAAAAUAAAGAGAGCGACGUCGUUUCGUUCAUAUCGGGUGUGGACUCUUGCUCCAAGUUCGGGAGCGUAACUGGUGGAGGUGGAGGAGGAGGCGAUAACGAAGAAACUGAAAUCUCCAAACCGAGCGGAUUCGCGGAGCUGAAGCCGGAGCUCGUGACAGUCGGAUGCGUCUCCGAUCUCGCUUGCGCAGAGACGUUCUCUGGCGAGGAGGUUUCAGAGUAUGACGAGGAUGAAUCGUCGGAGCCACGUUCCCAGACACUUUCGCAGUACUCCGACUUCGAUUUCUCGGAUUACACUCCGUCAAUGUUUUUCGAUUCCGGCAGCGAAUUCUCUGAGAAAUCAAACUUUGGCUCUCCCGUUUCACAUACUCGCUCCCUGUACCUCCAGUUCAUGGCGCAGUUCUGUAGAUCCACCGUUCCCAACGAUCUCGAAUCUUCUCGCUGUGAACAACGCCGUGAUAUCCAGUCUGAACUGCUAAGGUUUGAAGAUGAAGAGGUUGAAGAGAGCUAUCAAAGGCUGAGGGAAAGGGAGAGAAGUCAUGCAUAUCUGCGUGACUGUGCUAAGGCUUACUGCUCCACCAUGGACCAUACUGAUCUCAUCCCUCGUCUUCGCUUGAUCAUGGUUCAAUGGAUUGUGCAGCAAUGUUCUGAACUGGAGCUUCAGCCAGAGACGCUGUUUCUAGGAGUUAGUCUGCUGGAUCGAUUCCUGAGCAAAGGAUCCUUCAACAGCCAGAGAACUCUUGUACUGGUGGGGAUCGCGAGUCUUACUCUGGCCACCAGAAUUGAAGAAAAUCAACCUUACAAUAGCAUCCGGAAAAGGAACUUCUACAUCCAGAACCUAAAGUAUAGCCGGCAUGAAGUGGUGGCAAUGGAGUGGCUGGUUCAAGAAGUCCUCAACUUCAAGUGCUUCUCACCCACAAUCUUUAACUUCUUAUGGUUUUAUCUAAAAGCUGCUCGAGCCAAUCCAGAAGUUGAAAGGAAAGCCAAAUCCUUGGCCGUUACCUCACUAUCCGAUCACACUCAGCUCUGUUUUUGGCCCUCAACUGUAGCAGCCGGACUUGUAGUUCUCGCCUGCAUUGAACACAGCAAGAUCUCAGCCUACCAACGAGUCAUAAAGGUUCAUGUUAGAACAGAAGAUAACGACUUGCCUGAAUGCGUCAAGAGCCUGGAAUGGUUGCUUGAGCAGUAAGCAAUCCACAGCGACAAAUACCCAAACCAGAAUACACAGUAUACUCAAACGUGAUCUCACAGGUUAUUAUUACAACUUACAAAAAAGCAUAUAUAAGGUAUAUAUAGCAAUGCCUCUACAUCUUUAUAUACUUAAUCUCUGGGCUUAAUUAGCUCUUGUCUUGGCAUACUAAUACCAAAUAUUAGACCACCAUUUGUGUCGCCACACACAAUUAUUGUUUAAAUUUCCACAAUACAUUAUAUACCCCAUUUUCUUCAAAGAAUAUUUUUCGUGUUCAGUA